AUGGAACUUCUACAACCAGAGAAAAGGGAGGAGGUGAAAUUAACAUUGUCUGAUGUUGCACUUGAACAACUCGUCGGACUUUCAGAAGUGUUUACUACCUUCAACUGCACAGUCGAGCCAAGAUUAGGACUCAACAUAUCGAGUCGAGGCAAGAUUAGGACUCAACAUAUCGAGGUUGCACGAGGCAACACGACGCUUAAGCCCACUGGUGGAAGUUGUCGCCUCAACGACGAGGAGAAGGAAAGUCGAGAUGCAGAAGCAUUCAUCAGGCAUAGCGAGAAUCUCAAAAAGGUUGAAAUCAAGGUAGAUCUACUAGGAGAUCAGGUGGAUGCACUCUUGGGACUACUUGAGAAGAUAUAUCACAUUCUGCACCAGUAUCCACCCAUCAUGCAACAACAUUUUGAGGUCUCAGACAUUCUGAUGAUGAUUAAGAGGCAGUUACAGGGCUCUUGCUUAUAG